UUAAACCUCAAAAGGAGGAGUCUAACAAAUCAUUUGCAUGUUCCAUUAUUUCUGUUUUUUGAGCUUUUACACAAACAGAACAUAUCAUAUCCUUGCAUUUGUACCAUGUUUCUGUUUCUGCCUCAUGUGGGUUUGUUGCUUCUACAUUUUGGAAUCAAAGAUGCUGCGUGUAGAAGGACUAACAAAAUCCCUGAUGUUAUUAAAGCUAGAUUAGGAGAACCACUUACUUUAGACUGCAUCUACAACUGCUCCUCUGGCUUCAUUCGCGGCUCUUGGGAAUUUGAAAAAACGCCAGAAUGUGGCACCUGUUUGUGGUCUGUAAGAGAAAAAAACACGAGUGAAGACAUGUGUAUUGUGAGUUUUAAAACACUUAAUCUGACCCUAGAACAGACCCAGUAUAAUUACUCAUGUUACUCCAUGAAGACUGAUUAUAAAGGCAUGCCUCGUAUGCUUGAACGGCUCGUUUCACUUCAAAUCCAAGGUAGGACAUCGUAUGCCAAUUUACAUGUGCUGUUUGCGUGUAUUUGGUGUUUAUUCAUCAUCAUGUUUGUUGUAGAUACCACCUCAGGACCAGUCAUCCCUCCUAAAGUAGCUCUCAGCAUAGAAGUGGAGAUUUACCAAAAUCAAAAGAAGUUAAACCUAUCUUCAUAUUCCAUCCAAGUGCCAGUGGGAGACAAACUAAAUCUAGAAUGUCUUUCUACCAAUCACCUAUGUGAAAGCCAGUGGAUGAGGGAUGAUGCAAAUCUCACAGACGACAUCUCUGGGCCACUGAUAGAAUGGAACGAAAUUACAGAAGAUGAUGAAGGAACGUAUAUAUGUCACACAAAGCAGCUCUGUACCAGCCAGAGGAUUAGUGUAGUGGUAGAUGUCAUUAAAAAAGAUGAAUUUGAAUGGAUCAGGCCAUUAGCAGCAGGUGCAUUGUGUGUAGCAGUGAUGCUACUAUUUUUACUGAUAUAUCUGUGCUACAAAAAGAGAGGGAAGGAUAUGUUGGAUGCAGAGGAUUCAACAACUGUAAUCUAUGAAAACACAAGAAGCAAAAAUGAAGGAAUGAUCCACAGACCUAUAGUACAAGACAGCCAGAGCGAUCAUGAAGUCCCUUAUGCUGACAUUGUGAUUUCUGUAAGAGGGUCCAGCAUUCCAGAGCUCACAGGACCUCAUGGCCAAACUCCACGAGAUCAUAGACUUAGAUGGAGGGAGGAGGCCACAGGCGUCUCUCAUUUACAAGUUUGUCGCUCUGCUGACAGACUACACGUUCAUCCCAGAGAGGUCAGCAGGAAACUAAGCACAACCUCUGAAUAUGCUGUCAUUACAUACGCCACAGAUGCACUUAAUUAGUUUAAAUAUAUACAAGCUUUUGCAUGUAAAUAAAAAUGCAUGACAUAUUUUUUUUUACAUUUAUAAAGAACUAUGCUGCUUGCUUGUGCUUUCCUUCUUUUCACAUACAUUUUAAACUGUAAAAUAAACAUUUUGUGUGUAAUCACUAAUGCAUUCAAUAAAAUAUUUAGUAAUUA